AUGGAUCGUGGGGGACGGGUGGAGGUGUUCAGGCUGCUGCUGGUCUGCGUGCUGACUGUCGGGCCGGUCCCGGCUCAGGUCCGCCACCCUCUGCCCGUGCUGUGGAUGAUGCCCGUCAGCUCUGGACCGGGGAGGGAGAACCUGACCGCCGCCGUGGCCCCGGCUGUCAGACUGGCUCUACAGGACCUGCAGAGACAACCACCCCAGCUGGGAAACUAUGAGAUCCAGCUCCAGCUGCUGGACUCACAGUGUGAUCCUGCUCAGUCACUCAAAGCUCUGUUUGAUGCCAUGUGGGCGGGGCCGAAGUACCUGCUGGUGUUUGGAGGAGUGUGUCCACCUGUGACGGCGCUCAUUGGUCGCUCUCUGCCGGCUCUCAACCUGGUGCAGGUGUCUUUUGCGGCCUCGUCCCCCAGCCUGUCCAACAGGAAGUGGUACGGGAACCUGUUCAGCACGGCGCCGUCACAGCGGGCUCUGAACCAGGCCACGGUGAAGCUGCUGCAGCGCUACAAGUGGAGCAGAGUGGGGAUCAUCACGCAGGAAGAACCCAGCCACUCAGAGACGAAGAAGGAUCUGAUGAGGCAGCUGCUGAAGGCUGAUGUUCAGGUCGUUUCCAUGGAGAGUCUCUCUGAAGACGUCUGCAGCAGCGUGAGGAAGCUGAAGGAAAGUGAUGUUCGGAUCAUCAUCGCACAGUUCAAAGAGGAUUCUGCCUCUGAGGUUUUCUGCUGUGCCUACAGGCUGAACCUGUUCGGAGCUCGGUAUCAGUGGAUCAUCGUUGAUGGAGGAGCAGCCGGAUGGAGGCUGGGCUGGCAGGCUUCUGGCUGUACGGCCAGCAGUCUGCUGAUGGCGGCAGACGGAUCCAUCAGGCUGCAGAUCAGACAGCUCAGCACCACGAACACAGCAGGAGUCUCUGGACGGACUCCUCAGGACUAUCAGGACUCCUACCUAAGACAGCUGGUCCAGGAGGGGUCGGCGGUCAGCCCCCUCCACUCCUUCGCCUACGACGCUGUUUGGGUCGUAGCCAAAGCUCUCGGUCAGGUGAUGGAGGCUGUGAAACACAGAGAGAAGUACAGCAUCCAGAGGAACGUGACGGUCAGUGAGGUGGAAGUUCACAAGAUGCUGCUGGAGGCCGUGAGGCAGACGCACUUUGAGGGAGUCACAGGUCCAGUCUUCUUUCGAAACGGGGAGAGAAUGACGUCGAUCGAGCUGAUGCAGUUUCAAGGCAGCAGUGGUGUGUGUGUGGGAGAGUUCAGUACUUCCAGCCAGCAGCUCAGACUGAUGAAGCACCUGCUGAAGUUUAAAGGUCCAGGACCAGCCAGAGACCAGACUCUGAUCCUCGUGCAGCGGCAGCAUGUCAGCCUGCUUCUGUACAGCAUCGUGUCAUCGGCUGCAGCCCUGACCAUCUUCAUCACUCUGACGGUCCUCUUCCUCACUGUCCUCGGCCGUAAAAACUGGCCGCUCAGAUCCAGCUCUGGAUCCCAGGACGAGCUGCUGCUGCUGGGCAUCCUGCUGUCCUCGUCCUCGGUCCUGGUCUCUGGUCUGGACGGAGCCUUGCUGUCCACUCGGACGUUUGAGCUGCUCUGCUCUGUUCGUCUGUGGACCCUCUCAGUGGGACACACUGUGGGCUUCGCUGUGCUCUUCACCAAAACAUGGAGGGUUUAUUCUGUCUGCAGCAUCAAACAGGAGGGUCGUCUGCGGCGAGCAGGCUGCGUGGUGCUCUGCAUGUUCCUGCUGGACGUGUUUGUUUUAACCUCCUGGCAAAUCCUGGACCCCCUCAGACAGGUGGUGCUGCAGCGAAUUUUAGAGACUGAGCCUGCUGAUCGGGACGUCACCGUCCGGCUGUACUCUGAACACUGCGGCAGCACCAACAUGGAGCUGUGGCUCACCGCAGUCUACGGAUACAAGGGCCCUCUGCUGGGUCUUGGGUGUUUCCUGGCCUGGAGCAUCAGGACUGUGCAGGUAGAUGGUCCUGCAGGCAGCAGCAAACACCUGACUCUGAGUAUGUUCGCUGUGGUGGCGUUCAGUGUGUCGGGAGUGUCGGGAUCACUGCUGACGUCCCACAAUCCUCCUGUUCAGUUCUGCGUGACCAGCGUCCUCAUCCUCACCUGUAACAUGUUGACAGUGAGCUGGCUGUUCGGACCACAGUGUUUGUGGUUGACAGGCGGCGAGCUGCAGAGUGAAGCGGCAGAGGGAGAAGGUGAAGAGCACCUGAGCAGGUUAAACCAGCAGCUGAAGAGUCACAGUGCACAGCUCGAUGUGGAGAUCGAAACCAUCACAACGCAACUCCAAGAAACGUCCGAACCGAAGCUUCACCACAAGAUGAGAGAGCGAGACGACGGUGACGUCAGAGCUGUGACGUGGACUCAUGCGGCUCAGGUGUGUCCUGAGGACAGAAGCUCAGAGUGGAAACCGUCCAGUCCAGACGGCCUCAACUCCCCUGAACACGUCUGGCGCCGUCUGUCCGUCCAGCUGCCGAUCCUCCAUCAUUCCUACCUGCCCGCCGUCGGUGGCGUCAGCGCCAGCAGCUCCAGUCUGUUCGGCAGCCUGGAGGCCUUCGUCCACCGCGACCUGCUGAUGGCAACUUCCCGUACACUUGAUGCCACACAGCCGGGGCCACGCUACUGCUGA